UGUAUGAAAGUGGGGAGGAAAAGGCGAACGUCUGUGUUUAAUGUGUGUAAUGUAGUUCAUGUCCUCAAGCGUUAUAACUAUGGCGUGUUUAACUUCGAGUAGGCUCUGUGCUCGUGUUCAAGAUAAGUUACUGUGUCAAUUUGGACAUAAAGUUCGAAGACAGACUGUAUUUGUGAAACUCAAACCUCCUGGACCAUCCCCGUUACGAAUAUUCGGAAAGACAUGUCAGAGAGUAACAACCUGCGGCCCGCCUUGUGGGUCAUCGAGUACCAGUGCAACCGCGGGGUUGGUUCGUCGCUUGGCAUCUAGUCUCCAGAGCACAAACACUGGCUCAUUACCUGACUAUGGCACACAGAUCGUCGACCCCUAUCGUUUACUUGAAGAUGACCUCAACGGAAUAUACGAAGAUAUUCGAGCGGAGCUCGAGAAAAACACAAACCAGACAGAACUGAACACCAUAGCUACCUACUACUUCGAUGGACAGGGCAAAGCUCUAAGGCCGAUGGUCGCCAUACUGAUGGCGAGGGCCGUUAAUUAUCACGUUUAUGGAGAAAAUAGUGCAUUGCUGACUUCACAACGGCAUGUAGCAAUGAUAAGCGAGAUGAUACACUCGGCGUCACUGAUACACGACGACGUCAUCGACCAGAGUGACUUCCGUCGCGGGAAGCCCUCCGUCAACGUGCUCUGGAACCAUAAAAAGGUGGCGAUGGCCGGCGACUUCAUCCUCGCCGUGGCGUCGAUGAUGAUAGCUCGCUUGCGCAGCGAUGAAGUCACACUCGUACUUAGCCAGGUGGUUACAGACCUAGUGCAGGGCGAGUUCAUGCAGCUCGGUAGCAAGGAGACUGAAAACGAGCGGUUUGCGCACUACCUCACAAAGACCUACAGGAAAACAGCAUCACUCAUAGCCAAUUCUGUUAAAGCGGUGGCCUUACUCAGUGGCGCGGAUGAGAGUACAAGCGAGCUGGCGUUCCAAUACGGACGCAACCUUGGGCUAUCGUUCCAGCUGGUGGAUGACUUGCUGGACUUCGUAUCAUCGGCGCAAGCGAUGGGCAAACCAACAGCCGCUGACCUCAAACUCGGACUGGCCACAGCGCCUGUACUCUUUGCCUGCGAAAAGUACCCAGAGCUAAAUCCAAUGAUAAUGAGGCGGUUCCAAGAGGCGGGCGACGUGGAGAAGGCGUUUGAGUUGGUGCACAAGUCCCGCGGCUUGGAGCAGACACGCUUCCUGGCACGCAAACACGGUGCGGAGGCGGCGCGCCUGGCCGCCGAGCUCGCUGACUCGCCCUACCAGAAGGGGCUCGUCAUCACCGCCGACCUCGUGCUCAAUAGGAUUAAAUAGCACCCCACCUCCCAAACACUAGAUAAUGUAUUCUAAGUAUUCGCGGUUCGAGUGCGAUACCUAUUACGGUUCGUACUUCGGACCCACGUUUUCAAAGUAGUUUUUGGACUACACUCGACUACUCCUAAGAGUACUUUGAAAAUAUUAGUACCUGUCUUGUGUACCCUUUAGCAUAGUCUAAAGGUUUAGAGACACUACAGUUUAGUUGCCUUCGAGGUGAAGGCUGUACGUGAGAGACGUUGUAGUUGUAAAUGAGUAUGUAGCGGUCGGGCGGCCGGGCUGGUGCGGCAGUGCGGACGAUGGUGCCUCGACCUUCAUACAUGACGAGAUAUUAUCAUAAAUAUUUUACGUCAACUUAUAUACCAUGUGCCCUGAUAAAUAUAUGCAUUAUAUUCCAUAUACAUAUAGUAUUGUAUGUAGUUUUAUUAUGAUAUAAUCAGUCAGACUGACCUAUUGUUGACGUCGCUCACGCGACAUAUUAAAAAUUAUAUUACAUAUAGCAUUAUGUAUAGUAAUUUAUACAAUUGAUAUUUGUACUUUUCUUUUUAUGUAUCCCUCACUUUUGUGACCUGAUUUAUUUUAAGAUUUUCUAUGACAGUACUUUAAAUACCGUGUGCUAUCUGCUAUUAUUAUAACCAGGCUUUCUAGCUGGUGAGCGUGUGUGACAACUCGUUACCAAAUACCGCUGUACAUAAAUGUACAAUAGGCUCAAUUGUUAUAUAUAUU